AUGAAUAGCAAUGAUCAGGCCUCGCGCCGCAUCAAUUUACUCCGCAUCGCGCAUGUCUACUAUACCCACAAGGACAUUCAAAAAGCGAGGCAAUUUUUGGAGGACUUUGGUUUCCAGGAAGAGAAGCGAGUAGGGAAGAAAAUCUACUAUCGCGGCACUGGCCCUGAGCCGUUUGUUUAUUGCCUUACAGAAGGUGACGAGGAUGAGUUUGGAGGCACUGCCUUUGCUGUUGAGUCGGAGGAAGAUCUUGAAUAUGCUUCUCAGACACUGCCUGGGGCCAGCAAGGUCACUGCAUUGACUGAUGCGCCUGGUGGGGGUUACUGUGUGACCUUUAGGGAUCCGGUUGACAACUUCCCGUUCCAUCUUGUCUAUGGACAGGAGUUAUCAAAUGAUGUCAAGAAACUUCCUGAAUUGGACUACAAUAUGCCAACAGAGAAAUAUCGAUCCGUGAACAAUUUCCAGAGAUUUGAAAAAGGGCCUGCACCUGUUCAUAAGAUUGGGCACUUCGGCAUGUGUGUGACAAAUUUUGCAAAGGCCUUUGACUUCUAUACCACGCGGUUUAACUUCAAGCCCAGCGACCUGGUCUACGACGAAACUGGGCGCGAUAUCACCACAUUCCUCCAUCUUGACCGUGGAUCAGAGAAAGUGGACCACCACUGCUUCUUCUUCUUCGAAGGUCCCAAGUCUCACGUUCAUCACUCUUCCUUUGAGACGCACGAUUUUGACACCCAAAAGUUGGGACAUGACUGGCUUCGUCACAAAGGCUAUGAGAAUUGCUGGGGCGUGGGCAGACACGUCAUGGGCUCGCAGAUUUUCGAUUAUUGGUUUGAUCCCUCGCGGUUUAUUCUCGAGCACUACGUGGAUGGCGAUUUAGUGAAUGAUGAGUACCCAACAAAUCGGUCACUGGCGUCUCCCGACUCUUUGCAUGUUUGGGGUCCCGACUUACCACCAACAUUCUUGCUGUGA